AUGGCGAACCUCUUUCGAAAACUUUUCCUUUUUGGAGACUCCCAAAGUCCACCCCCAACCCACAUCAACGUCGCUGUUACUGUCUCAUCAUCCACACUUCACAAACACGGUUCCGACGACGAGUUCCACAUCACCCUAGAGGCAACUCUUCCUCAAACCCCGAAUACGCCGCUUACCAUCCUUGUAUUUGGCACCCUCCUAGACCCUAGCGGCAUAGCCCUCUACGAAAAUGGCUUUGACUUCAUCAACGUUGACACAGGCGCUUCCGCGAAGCGUCCAAGCCUUACCCAACAUUAUACAUUUGGUGGGGUGUCUCAUAUCCCCAUCGAAACCCAGUUUGAGCAAUAUUUUGUCACCCUUGAGCCUGUUAUAACUAAUGAGGAUGAGGCCAUAGUUGCAGCGGGCUUUUCUCAUGUCACAUAUUUAGAAGUGGGAUCGACGUAUCGUGUUGAGCUCGGGAAUAAGUUGAAUGAGAUAUCCUGGCAUCGAUAUGGGUCGAAGGAGCAGGUUCUGGAAGGACAGGAUGCUGGAGGAGGCUGUGUGAAACGACGACGCGAGCUAGUCGGGGACAGUGAGAUGCAGCCAAUCCCCCUUGUGAUGCAGAGUUCCGCUAGCUUCACUGUCGAAGAGUAA